UGAAAGUAAUGCUGAAAAUGUCGUUUCUGAUGGAGUCUUGUAGUGACUCAGAGAGAUUCUGUGGUAGGUCAAUUAAACUUGCGUAAAUCAAACAAAACCAAACAAAACCUGAAGGCUUUACCAUGCAACUUCUCUUUUACUGCUAUGAUUUGAGCACCAUAUAUAUUGGGUUGCCAUAUCCUCUUAUUCCCCUGACAGCUGUUUCUGUCCACAUGACAACAGCGACGAUGUUCAAAAGUAUAGAUCCCCUUCACAUUGAUGAAACGAACGUUUCCUCCAAUGGCUUUCCCUUCUCCAAUCCUCUCUCUUUGGCUUCCCAAUGUCACCUACUUCUCCUCCCCGAGACCCCAUUUCUCAGUCCCCAGGCCUCGGAAGUCCUCCCGAAACAAACCCAUUUGCUCACGUUCGUCCCCGAACAGAAAAAUCUCCACCGCUCCCUUCCAAAUGCAAUCCGAUGACGAUAACUCACUCCGUCAACAAGUUCUGGUGAGGUCCUCCAGCUCCGAUGCCCCCAGAACCACGUUCGGACUCCCAACUGUGGUCGGAGUUCUGCACCUAGCGGUUUCGCUCGGAUUGGUUCUCGCGUCGGAUUAUUUUCUCAAGAAGGCUUUCGCUGCGGCGGCUAUAAGGUUCCCCAGCGCGCUUUUCGGGAUGUUCUGCGUGUUCACGGUGUUGAUGGUGCUGGAUUCGGUCGUGCCUGACGCUGCGAUGGGGCUGAUGGGGUUUUUCGAGCCGGCGACGUUGUUUAUUCAGAGAUGGUUGCCGCUGUUUUACGUGCCGUCUCUGGUGGUUCUUCCUCUUGCUGUUAGGGACGUUCCCGCUGCUUCGGGGCUUAAGAUUUGCUUCAUCUUAGUUGGCGGCUGGUUGGCUUCACUUUCUGUUGCAGGAUAUACAGCCUUAACCGUGAGGAAAAUAGUGAAUACCGAAAUGAUGCCUGCUGAGCCAAUGGCUAAACCUUCUCCAUUUUCACAAACAGAAGUUUGGGCUUGGAGUGCCAUUUUCGUUUCCUCGUUCAUUUUAGCCUAUGUAAAUCCAACAGCGCUUGGUACAAAUGCAAGGACAUGCCUCCCUUUCUUACUUGCUGCUACAGUCUUAGGAUACAUGGUUGGCUCAGGGUUACCAUCGAACGUGAAGAAAGUAUUCCACCCAAUUAUCUCCUGUGCAUUUUCUGCAGAUCUAGCAGCAAUAGCAUAUGGGUACAUUUCGCAGUCUGGAACGGAUGCUGUUCUAGGUUCCUACCUUACCAAGGUUUCAUCAAAUCCAGGAGCUGGUGACAUUCUUAUGGGCUUUUUAGGAUCAGUCAUAAUUUCAUUUGCCUUUUCAAUGUUCAAACAAAGAAAGCUUGUCAAGAGGCACGCAGCGGAGAUUUUCUCAUCAGUGAUUAUCGCAAGUGCGUUCUCUCUGUACUCAACUGCUAUCAUAGGCCGUGUCGUUGGGCUGGAGCCAACCUUGACCAUAUCAAUAUUGCCAAGAUGCAUAACAGUGGCAUUAGCCCUAAGCAUUGUAUCCUUGUUUGAAGGUGCUAAUUCGUCUCUUACUGCUGCUGUGGUUGUUCUGACUGGACUUGUUGGAGCAAAUUUUGUGCAAGCAGUCAUGGAUAAACUCCGCUUAGACGAUCCGAUUGCUAGAGGAAUUGCAACUGCUUCUAGUGCUCAUGGACUGGGGACAGCAGCAUUGUCAGCUAAGGAGCCCGAGGCCCUUCCAUUUUGCGCUAUUGCUUAUGCGCUGACUGGAAUUUUUGGUUCACUACUUUGCUCUGUGCCAGCAGUGAGGCAAAGUCUGUUGAUGAUUGUUGGUUGAUUCAGAUGUUCGUUUGUACUUCUUGUUAUUGUCUUGAUGACGGAAGAAGCAGAUUGGGUUGAUCAGUGCAAGAGCAAAACGUGCUCAAAGAUCAUAACAGAAUGCACAUAUAAACUUGGAGACCGACAAAACUUUCGAGGCACCGUUUGCAACAUUAUCAUGUUAUUUAUUUUUGACGUCGUAGCGAAAAGAAUCAUUGUGGUGUGACUGAAACAACCAGUAAUUUGAUUAUGUGCAGAAUCUGCAAAUGAUUAAAUAUGAUAGCAUUGCAGGCAGCCGUGGUUGGUUUUGUGCUCUCUAUGCGCUGAAUAUUUAAGGACCGAAGACUAAUUGAUGAAAAUAGAUCUGGGAUUC